UUAGGACAGUUGCAGUGGAAAGACUAACGUUCAAGUCUACUUAUGUGGGAUAGUAUCAAGGCAACGUGGAGGUGCGUUGCUGUUUCCUAUUGUUUGACUAGUGAGGUUAACGACAUUAUUGGUCAGUGAGACUGAUUUUAUGAGGGGUGGUAAGAAAAGCAUGCCGGGGUUUGGUUUUUGUUAGGCAGGGACUGGUUGGGCAUGCUUUUUUGGCGUGCCUUUCUCUACUUUAUUUAUAACCAGGCAAAGGAAAAUGUUCAGAAGCCAAGAAACCCGCUGCCAAGCUAGCUGUUUACCACUAUUGAUUGGAAAUAGACUUGAAUUUCUCGCCACCAUUCUGAAAAUUUGGACAAGAUCCAGAGGCUAUCAUUAAGAAAAACAGGGAUGGUGAUCGCUGGAAACGGAGAAAUUGAGAAGCAGCCUUUUCGAGAGAUGGGGCUGGACCUGGAGGACGUCGAAGAGGUGGAAGAAGUAGCGACACAGGUGAAAGGACGGCACGUAGAGACUGGUCAUAAGACUCUCCUUCGCAGCAGCGCUCUUUACAAGUACAUUCUGGACACCAGCGUGUAUCCUCGUGAAGCCGGCGAGCUUAAGGAGCUCCGACAACUCACCGAGCGGCACUCUUGGAAUAUGAUGGCCACACCUCCCGAUGAGGGCCAGUUCCUGAUGCUUCUCCUUCGGCUCAUGAAUGCGAAGCGCACUCUGGAGAUCGGUGUAUACACAGGCUAUUCGCUUCUUUGCACCGCCCUUGCAUUACCGCCGGAUGGCAAGGUGAUUGCGCUGGACAUCAGCAAGGAGUGGUAUGACAUUGGAGCGCCGGUAAUUCAAAAGGCGGGCGUUGCUCACAAGAUCGACUUCCGGGACGGACCUGCAAUGGACAGCAUUGAAGUUCUCCUACAAGAUGACAAGAAUCACGAUUCUUUCGACUUCAUCUUCGUAGACGCGGACAAAGACAACUAUCUGAACUACCACAAGAAGCUCAUGAAGUUGGUGAGGGUGGGAGGACUGAUCGGCUACGACAACACGCUCUGGAAUGGGGCGCUUGUUGCUGGCGCCGACGAUCCUCUUCCCAAGUAUCUCCAUUACUACAAGCCUUUCAUCCUAGAGUUGAACAGCUUCCUGGCCAAGGAUCCCCGGAUUCAAAUCAGCCAGGUACCUAUUAGUGAUGGUGUCACACUAUGCCGAAGGUUGUUUUAACCAACGCUAGAAUCAUAGUAAACUAUAUACACAACUCUCCUGCUUCUGCUGGCGAAAGUAAAGCUGGUAUUUUGACUAGUGUUUACUGAAAUGGAUCCAACCUUCCUGAAGGUUAUAUGGUGAGCAAGACAACGUCUCGUCAUUCCUGCUUAUCUCUCUUUAGGAAGCUUGUAAUUAAAAUGGUCGUAACCGCAUCGCUCUUUCCUA